AUGAAAUAUUUUUCAAUAGUUCUCGAUGGUACUCCUGACUGUAGCCAUGUUGAGCAAAUGACAAUAAUUAUUCGUUUUGUUAAAGUUGAUUCAUUGAAAAAGGAGUUUAGUAUCAAAGAACAUUUUUUAGUCUUUGUACCUUUAAAGAAAACAACUGGAGCCUAUAUGGCAGAAACGAUAAUACAACAACUAGAAGAAAUGGAGUUACCUAUUGAUAUGUUACGUGGCCAAGGCUACGAUAAUGGCGCAAAUAUGAUAGGCAAAAAUAAUGGUGUUCAAAAGAAAAUAUUAAACAUUAAUCCUCGAGCAUUGUUUGUUCCUUGCAGCGCGCAUACUCUUAAUUUGGUUGUCAAUGAUGCUGCAAAUUGUUGUCUAAUGGCUACAAGUUUUUUUGAUAUUGUCCAACGUGUGUAUGUAUAUUUUUCGUCUUCAACACAUCGGUGGGUAGUUUUCACUAGUCAUCAACCUACGUUAACUGUUAAACCUCUAAGUGAAACAAGAUGGGAAAGCAGAAUAGAUGCUAUAAAGCCUUUGCGAUAUGAACUUGGUAAAAUAUAUGAUGCACUGCUAGAAAUAGCUGAUGAUACUUCUCAAACUGGAUCCUCAGGAAGCACUGCACGCAGUGAUGCUAAAGCACUUGCGAAUAGUGUUGCAAAGUUUAAGUUCGUGGUUUCAAUUGUUGUAUGGUACAACAUACUUUUUGAAAUCAAUAUAACAAGUAAGCAGCUCCAAGCUAAAGAUUUGGAUAUUCAUGCUGCUGUACAACAAUUACAACACACACAAGCCUAUUUGGUUGACUGUAGGAGUGACAUAGGUUUUGCAAGAAUGCUAGUGGAUGCUGAAACUGCUAAGGAUUUGGAGGUACCACCAACCUUUGAGGCAGAACCACGAUUACGGCGGAGAAAAAAGCAAUUUGCAUAUGAAGCUGAAGAUGAGCCUGUGCAAGAUCCAAAACAAAAUUUCAAAGUGAAUUUUUUCUUUGCUAUACUUGACACAGCAAUAAGGUCGGUUGAAGAAAGUCUACAGAGUAAAACUUCACAAGAAAUAUUGGAAUGUUGCAUGAAACUAGAAUCUGCUUUACAACAUGGUGAUAACAGAGAUUUAGUUGCAUCAGAUUUGUGUGGCGAACUACAGUCUUUUGCACGACGACUUUCUGAAGAAACAAAGUCUCCUUAA